UGGUCCUCGCCUCAUCAUGUUCCUCACACCUGUGCUCCUUCUGGCCGCAGCAGCCGUCGCUACCGCUGCGGUGUCCGCUACAGACCUGGAGGCUUCCGCGGUCCCCAUACCUGACAACCACUUGGUCCCCGACACACAGACGCAUGUGCCUACCGAGAUCGUCAAGCAGAUGCUGCUGAAGCGCUGCUCCCAUCACUACUCCGUGGCAUGUCUGAAACUAGACCUGGCUCGCAUGGUGGACCGCUUAUCAGGUAGUCCGGCCAGCUUCCAGUUGUUGCCCGGAGUGUCCUUGACUAGCCACAACAUCACACCCUCGGCAGACCUGUCUGCUGAGCUUGCACAAGCUCUGGCCCGAGACAACAGCCACAAUUCCCUCGACGACUUCCUUCUCAGCAAGGUCAACCACUACAUCGGCUCCCUGACUCUCAGUGUGAAGCUCGCUGAACCAGCCGCUCUCUUCUCCUCCAAGGGUAUUUCUAGCAACGCUGGAAGUGAUGAGGCGCGGCGGCGGAAGAACGGGUUGUCGGGGAGCUUGAUGACUGCCGGACUCUUCUCCGGCGGAACUCUGAUGGCAGUAGGGAUGAGUGCACUGGCUGCACUGGCGGGGAAGGCGCUGAUGACGGCUCUUCUGUCACUGAUGCUCUCAGCCAUGGCGGCCCUGAGAGGUGGAGGAGACUCUGGCCACAAGAGCACGACCUACGAGAUUAUCACCAAACCGGUGGUGUCGCACGCACAUACUCACUCGUCUGAGAUUCAACACGAGCACGGGAAUCACCACGCGUACGCGUACGGGCGCAGUAUGGAGUCCCACCCUGUGUACACUGGCGGCCUCAAGUCUUCGGAGAAUCAAACUCAUGAAGACUCGUACGUGUUGGCUUACCGUGCCCACAAACCGUCAAUUGGACAGAAAUCUGACGAGAUGAAAAAGGAAUAACAUGGGUUCUAUUAAUAGUUCUUGAGGGACUCCAAUUAUGCUUCUGUGAUAACUCUUGUUGAAUGCUGUUUGUAUAGUACUAAGUUCCUUUCUUUUAAACUAUUUCGGUUUUAAAGCAAAUAUUUGAUAAACACGGCUAGUUUGAUGGUUAAACUAGCUCAAAAUAUUUGUCAGAUAGCUGAGUUUGUAAAAACUCAAUUAGUUUGAUCGAUAAUAAUAGCCUCUAUUGCUUAAUGGUUUUAAUGCAUCUAAACGUUAACUCCAUUAUAAAUUAUAAACAUAAAUAAUUUGUAGCUACAACAAACUGAUUUACAUAUACUAUCUAAAUUAGCUCCCAGGUAUUACACAAAUUUCAUAUUUAUACGAUAAAAUACAGUUUUGGGCUCACGAGUGGAAAGCGUAAUGUUGUAAUAUACAAACAGCAAUGUUUUACUUUCUUUGCUAUAAUAGUAUUUAUUUAUAGUAUCGUUUAUUUUAUGUUAAAGUUCAUGUUAAAAUAAAAUUU